AGGAAGAGCGUACUUCAAAGAGGCAUUGCAUACAAUAUUAUUUUGUGGGUGCAUUAAUAUUCCUGUUAUUAAUCCGGAAGACAUGAUCGAUUGUCGUGAAAUUCAGUUAUUAUCUGAAAAGUAUCCAGAUGUCUUUCAGAAAUACAACACCCAUCUCCCAAAACGUCCUCCUUAUGCAGUGCUACUUGAUGCAGUUGUUAAAAUCAUAGGAACAAAUAUUAAUGGAGUUUUGAAAUGUCUAACAGACCUAAAUCAUCAGAUGCUUGUGAAAUUUACUGGCACCAGUUGCAACAAAUUGGGAAACAUCUUUAUAUCAGAAGUUAUCAGCUGUUGCUGCCUUUGGGAUGUUACUCCCAGAGAAAACAUAGACAAUUAUUUUGGUACUUUAUUGUCACUUAGAGGAAGGCAGCAGAAAGAAAUUAUGAUUGAUAUAUUGUGCUAUCAAACCUGGCAUGAAUACAUUAGACUGGCAAUAUGCAGUUACAAAACAUUUAAUAAAAUACCAUUUCGGUUUUGUCCUGAAUUUCGAUGUGAAACUGUUAGAAAGCUUCCUGCUGUAGAUAAAACACCAGGCAGUCAGCAUGAUCUCCCCUCAGGGGUUCAGCCAUACAACUCUCAUGAAAGUUCAUCUUAUAAAAGUUGCUCUGAUAUGAUAUAUAUCAAUAAUAGUCCAUAUUUCAAAUUUGGCAUCAGUCCUGAGUUUGAAUCUCUAAGCCAGCUUCUAUACGCUAACCAGCAAGUUGUUGAGAAAUUAGAAUGCUUAGACACACGCAUUUUAACGUAUUUCAUGGAGGUGACUAAUUCAAGUUAUGAAAGACUUAAACAAAAUCUCAAAUUAUUAGGAUUUAAUGUGGGAUAUCAUUUGAAGUUUUAUGAUCCAAAUGAAUAGAGCUUACUACACUGGAGAGAUUCCAAUACUGAAGUCAAAUUAUACCAAUGUGUUUGUCAAAAAGCUGUAAAUGACGAAUCAAGCUGAUGUAUGUAGCUGUGGAGUUUUACACUUUCAUCUGUAAGAUACAAUGUAUUGGACAGUAAAUUGGAGACGGACUUUAAAGAUGAGUUUGAGUCCCAUGUUUGACAGCACAAAUUGUUUGCUUUCCUAUGGCCUAGUGCAUCAAAGUACGGCUGCCCAGAUAUGCAUUGCACAUCCUGCAAGCAGGCAAUUUGGUAAUUGACCGAACCUUAAUUUUAAAAGAUGUAAACAUUGAGCACAGUUUAAAUUUUGUUUUUAAAACUGUCAAUAAAUUUCUAGCCUGGAAUUGUGAUGUGUUAUACAAUGUAUGCAUAAAAUCUGUUUUUAUCUUUUAAGUGAAAUGUAAAAAUUAUGAAUGUUAGCUUCUUUAAAAAUGACACAGAACAAUUUGUAUAAAACAAUUUGUUCAGACUUCAGAUGUAUCACAGCUUUAAGAUCUAUUAUGGUUUUGUUUUCACACUGAUCUGUGAAACUUGGUGGAAUUAAAUCAUAUCAGCUUUAUAUUCA